AUGGGGUCACCACGCUCAUCUCUAUCUGCUCGAUCGCAAAAACAUCAGGACGAUGCCAAGUUGGACAUCGCCCAUGAUGAACAACCCUCCGUGGCUCAAAAAGGGGUGGUAGCAGGUGACUAUUCUGGCGCCUCAGAGAAGACCGAUCCUGCUGAGAUAGCCCUCGUCCGAAAGCUUGACAGGUAUAUCAUGGUGAGAACUGUCCGAUCAACUCUUACAACGCACUUCCUAACCAUGCCCAGCCUAUUCUCUGGGCCAUGUACUUCCUCAACUACCUUGAUCGCAAUGCGCUGCCUCAGGCUCGCCUGAACAGUCUCGAAAAAGACUUGAACCUCAAGGGGGUCGAAUACAAUACCGCCAUCUCCAUCCUCUUCGUCGGCUACCUGUUGAUGCAAGGUUGGUUCUUGUCACACACCAGUCUCCUUGAAAUUGAAACACUGAUUCGAGAUUUAGUUCCCUCAAACAUGUUUAUAACGCGAACAAGGCCCUCUGUUUAUCUGUCUAUCUGCAUGAUAGGUUGGGCAGCGGUCUCAGCCGCGACCGCUGGAGUUACCAACUACGCCGGUUUGGUUGCUUGCCGAUUCUUCCUGGGUUUCGUUGAAGCUGUAAUUCUUCCAACCAAUCUCCUGAAAUUGACUUUGUGGACCUCAACAUAUGCUGACAUUCUGAAUAGCCCUUCUACCCCGGUGCUCUCUACCUUCUCUCGAUCUAUUACACUCGCAAAGAACUGGCCACUCGCAUAUCGAUUUUAUAUACCGGACAAGUCGUAAGCACUGGCUGCUCUGGGCUCAUUGCUGCGGCAACUUUUUCUACGUUAGACAAGGUUAGGGGCAUUCCUGGAUGGAAAUGGUAAGCCCUUCCUUCGCUAUUUUAUUCCAGUGCUUAGAUAUUGUUGUCGUGAGCUAACACGGCCGAAGGCUGUUUAUCAUCGAGGGCAGUGUGACUUCUCUUGUCGCGAUAUUCGGCUUCUUCCUUCUACCAGACGACCCCUCUCAGACACGUUGGCUCACACCCGAGGAACGAGAAUUGUGCAUCUCCAGAAUCAAGAAAGAUACCGUCAAUCAGAAGGAGCGAGGCACCACUUUGGAGGGUCUGAAGCAAGCCCUCAAGGACCCGAAGACUUGGCUCUUCUGUCUCAUGCAAAACUUGCACAUCAGGUGCGUCUUCCCAUUUCAAAGUGGCAAACCGUUGAAGGUGACAUGGCUAAUAAAAUUCACAGUGCAUGCUCUUUCAACAAUUUCUUCCCCACCAUCGUCCAAGAAAUGUAAGAUAAUCAAAAAAGUGAGGCCGAACGUAGCCAGACAUUGACAAUACUUUGUGCAGGGGCUUCGAAUCCACAACCGCGCUACUUCUCACCGCACCACCCUACUUCGUUUCUGGUAUUUUAGGUAUCCCAUUUGCGUGGUCAUCCGGUCGUUUCAACGAAAGAACCUGGCACAUCACAGCCGGUCUUGCCCUGGCCGUGGUGGGAUUCGUCGUCAGCUGCGCAACCGUCAACUCCGCGGCCAGAUACACAGCUACUUUCCUGUACGCUACAGGUGCCUAUGGUGUGGGCUCCGUCAUCCUUGGAUGGGUCAGCAACACUCUCUCGCAAACACCUGAGAAGAAGGCUGUGGCUUACUCCCUGGUCAACGUUACGGCCAACCUUGCCUACAUCUACUGCGCGUACCUGUGGCCCAAGUCUGAUGGUCCGAAGUACUUAAUGGGAUUCUCUACAAUGGUUGCAUUUGCGGCUACGAGCAUUCUCUGUGCUUGGGCAAUGAAAGUGUGGCUCAUGAGAGAAAAUCGCAAGAUUCGGGAGUCCGAAGAUGA